GCGGCUGGGGGCGUAGCGCGCUGAGGGGGGGUCCGGCUGUGUGGCAGUCCUUGAGGUGGCCCUUGAGUACAGACCCCGUGCGGAGGAGGGCGGCUGGCCAGCCUUUCCUUCGCUUGGGGCCACCGCGCGAGACCAGGAUACACCAACUUUUUCCUGUCAUUCCUUUUAAAAGUACUCCAUGGUAUACACAUAUUGAAGAUAAAUUUAAAUUAAUCUGACUUUAAGAAUUUUACAAUACCUUUGUAUGAUUUGGGACCUUGCAAAACUAGAGUGGAAAUCAAUCCUGAUUUAAAUAGGAAGCUUGCGGCUUGGAUCCCUGGGAGAAAGGAAAUAAAGGAGGUUGUUUUUCAUCAUUCAGAACAUUGCCUGAAGCAGGUCCACCAUGCCGUUAGUAACGAGGAACAUCGAGCCAAGGCACCUGUGCCGUCAGACGUUGCCUAGCGUUAGAAGCGAGCUGGAAUGCAUGACCAACAUCACACUGGCAAAUGUCAUCCGACAGCUGGGCAGCCUGAGUAAAUAUGCUGAGGACAUUUUUGGAGAGCUCUUUACCCAGGCAAAUACUUUUGCCUCUCGGGUAAGCUCUCUUGCUGAGAGGGUCGACCGCCUACAAGUUAAAGUCACUCAGCUGGAUCCCAAGGAAGAAGAAGUGUCACUACAAGGAAUCAACACCCGAAAGGCCUUCAGAAGCUCUACCAUUCAAGACCAGAAGCUUUUUGACAGGAACUCUCUCCCUGUACCCGUCUUGGAAACAUACAACACCUGUGAUACUCCUCCGCCUCUCAAUAAUCUUACCCCUUAUAGGGAUGAUGGGAAAGAGGCACUCAAAUUCUACACAGACCCUUCGUACUUCUUUGAUCUUUGGAAGGAGAAGAUGCUGCAGGACACCAAGGAUAUCAUGAAAGAGAAGAGAAAGCAUAGGAAAGAAAAGAAAGAGAAUCCAAAUCGAGGGAAUGUAAACCCGCGUAAAAUCAAGACACGUAAGGAAGAGUGGGAGAAAAUGAAGAUGGGUCAAGAAUUUGUGGAAUCCAAAGAGAAGCUGGGGCCUUCUGGGUAUCCACCCACCUUGGUGUACCAGAAUGGCAGCAUUGGCUCUAUUGAAAACGUGGAUGCAAGCAACUACCCACCACCACCACAGUCAGACUCCACUUCCCCACCUUCUCCUUCCUUCUCUGAGGACAGCUUGCCUCCCCCACCAGCAGAAUUCAGCUACCCAGCAGACAGUAACCAAAGAGGGUCUGGCUUAGUUGGACCCAAAAGAUCCAGUGUGGUUAGCCCAAGCCAUCCACCACCAGCUCCUCCUCUGGGCUCUCCACCAGGCCCCAAACCCGGGUUUGCUCCACCACCUGCCCCUCCGCCUCCACCUCCAAUGAUGAACACUCCACCCCCACCACUGCCUGGAGGAUUUGGGUCUCCAGGGACCCCACCACCACCUUCACCCCCAUCUUUCCCACCUCACCCCGAUUUUGCUGCCCCUCCACCUCCUCCCCCACCACCAGCAGCUGACUAUUCAACACUGCCACCACCUCCCUUGUCCCAACCAGCAGGAGGAGCCCCUCCCCCUCCGCCUCCCCCACCUCCUCCGGGGCCCCCACCUCCCCCUUUCAGUGGUGCAGAUGGCCAGCCUGCUGCACCUCCGCCACUUUCUGAUACCACCAAGCCCAAGUCCUCCUUGCCGCCUGUGAGUGAUGCCCGCAGCGACUUGCUUUCAGCAAUCCGUCAAGGCUUUCAGCUGCGCAGGGUUGAGGAGCAGCGGGAACAAGAAAAGCGAGAUGUUGUGGGCAAUGACGUGGCCACCAUCUUGUCGCGUCGCAUUGCUGUGGAGUACAGCGACUCAGAAGAUGACUCCUCUGAGUUUGAUGAGGACGAAUGGUCGGAUUAACUCUUCUGCCUGCUGCCCACUUCCUUUUUCUUUCCUUCCUACCUGCCUUCUUUGCUGCCUAUCCCAACAGUCCCAAGGGGAAGAAAAGGGAGAAAAAAAAUUUCCAGGGGCCAAAGCCUUCCCUAAAGCAACCAAAGAUGUAUCCAAGUGCUUCCUCCAAAUCAACAUGUAUUUCCCAUCUUCCCGUAGUCAGGCCCCAUGGGACUCCUGAGAUUCAGUAGCUGAGAUGUUUCCUGUUCCCUUCAAGUGACUGUUGCAUAUUGAAGAGAAGGAAAAACCCCAAAGCAGAUCCCUUUGACUGGGUUUAAAUUGGAGUUGGUGCCUUCUCCUAAGAGCCAUUUUCUGUCGUCUUCUUCCAGAAUCCUUGCCCUCAGCUACUUCGAAUAAUGCCAGCCAUCUUCAGGUUCUAAAGCCUGGAGGGACACAGCUGGCCCCUUUUCCCAUGCACUAAGAGGGCAGAGCAGGCCACACACCCGAGUGCCUCACCCUUUUGCCCUGAUCAGCAGGGUGAGGCUACUUUUUGCUUAAGCCACCUCUGUAUCUGGAUGCCCUUUAUUCCUGGGGCCAUCAAGCCCCUAAAGAAAUGUGUCACACACUCCCCCUUCUGCUCAGAAAUGACGCCUUUCUGAAAGCAGGGCUGGUUGCCUCCCUCCCAGGCUCCCUCUCAUGAAUGUGGUGUUCAGGUGGCCCUAAAAUGCCUCUCCCCCACCACCAGGUGCCUCCAAUCACCAUAGCCCAGUUCUCACCUCUGAUACCCAUGACCAAACUAGCUCUGACACGCAGGGAUCUGGGCCUCUGCUGGCUGUCAGGAGCCAAGGUUAGAGACUUGGAACUACAGGACUGGAAAAAUGGUAGAGCUCCUUGGGUCCUGCCCUCUUAAUGAUGCUGCAGCCUAGAGAUGGAAGGUGACUUGCUCAAGGUCACACAGUUGGAUGGUGACAGAACUAGAGCCCAGAGUUCCUGAUUCCAAAUCACCUGUGCUUUCUGGGACCAAAUAGUGGGCACCCCUGGAGUCUGGGCAGAGCAGUCUUGGCAUUGUGUAACUCUAGACCUCACCACAGGUGGGGGUCCCAGUAGAAGGGCUCAGGGCCUGUGCCAGGCCUGUCAGUGCUGCUCAGACCCUUAUAGCCUCUAUUGUAAUUCUUUGCUCCCCCUUUCCUAUCACCAGCCAACCACCUGGCCUUGAGAGCUGCCCUUUUGGGGGACCAGAGGUAGUGAGAGAAGGAAGAGGGUAGGCAGCGUGACAGGUGCUGCUUUCAAUUCCUCUACAACUCCUCCCCCUUUUAUUUCCCCAAUAUAAGCGUAGGUUCUGCCAACUGUAGAAACUUCAGUCCCUCAGGCUGGCAGCCGCCUCAGGUAGCUGCCUGGAGGGGCCUGGCAGCCAUGAGAAGGGCUGAAAGGCAGAGGGACUCUGGGUCUUGUUUCCAGCUCCUCUCCUCACUGCACACGAUGAUGUUCCCUCCUUGCUCCCCCUUUCUCCCAGAGCUAAUACACAGGUGCUAUUAUUCAGGAAAAAACUGGUCAGCUUUGGCCAACAGUGAGGUUUCUUCUCUUCUGCCCUAACUAUUGUGUAGCCUCUUAUGCUGAAACCGGCUUCUCCUGGCUUCUCUGGCUUUCAGAGCCCUGAAACAAAGAGAAACAGGAUCUGCCUCUACCCAGCACAGCAAAUGGUUAUAGUAAUUGUCAAAGCCCUCAUAAACCCCUCCGGCUUGAGGAGUGUGUAAGCACGGGUGCUGCUGCUGUGCCCUGGCUGAAUGUUCCCCCUCUUCUUUCCUUGAACUCCAGGUGUGGGGACUGAGCCUUUAGAGGCCAGCAUGCCCUCCUGCAGGGGCUGCUCUCCCCAGAUCAGAUGUCUCUGGCACAGGGCUGGCACCGGCCCAGUGAGGAGCAUAUCAGACGGUGUGCACCCCUGCCUUGCUUCCCACCUUGCGAUCUGGGAGCUGAAGGGGCUUUCUUCAGAACCUAAAAUGGCUGUUGAAGGUGCCCCUGGCUGCAGCCCAGCAGUGGCUGAAGCGGCAGACGUAGAACAGUGGUUCUUCCAAAUAGGUGUCCUGGGGCCUGGCCAGGCCAGGCCAGGGUUUGGGCCUAAUGGCUUUGACUAAAUUACCCCCAUCCCCCUCCUUCCUGGAAAAGGGGGAGCCAGCACCACUCACUAUCAUUCUGCUCUGACCUUGAAGGGGGCGGUGUUGGCCUGGCUUCUGGAAUGGACAGAGUCCGCUGUGGAAAGGGCUGGGGGCAGGAGGAGGUGGGGAGGAGCACUGCCUGCGGACGGUAGGAUUAGAUCAUUAGCUCAGUGACCUCCUAGGGUUUCUGUGUGCUGUGUUCUCAUCCUACAGCUGGUUUGGUAAUGAUCUGCAAGUCCCGGAGAGCAACAGCACAGCUCUACCCAAUGCUCUCAUUAAAAUCUAUGCAGCCAAGCUCGGCGCUUUGUAGCAGCCGGCCUUGUGAAGCCUCCUCAGCUGGGGGGGGGGGGGGUGCUGGGGACCCAGUCAGCCGAGAGGCCCUCUGGGCUCUACUUAUGCAUAUGUGUACGUACACACACACACACACACACACACACACACACACACACACACACACACACACACACACACACACACACACACACACACACACACACACACACACACACACACACACACACACACACACACACACACACACACACACUUCCUUAAACCCAGAGCUUCCUUUAAGAUGAUAAAGGACCUUGUGCAGGUAAUUGUGUGUCUUUGGAAUCCUGUAAUUAUAGAAUGCAAAGUUUAGUGAUUAUUUAAAUUGGGCUGAGGCUGGUAAGAAUAUGGAGCAAUGGCCCAUAAGGACUCUAAGGGCUGAAGCCUGGGAGCCACCUCCCUUCCCUGGUCUGCCCAGCCCAGGGUCCUGCCCCCAUUCCUGUGGCCCAGGGGCCCAGCUUCCAGUCGGCAAGGUCAGAAGUGACUUGUGGCUUUGCCGUGGUUGUGAGAUGAGCACAUUCCAAAGAAGCAACCAUGGGGAGGGGGCAGGCUCAGCGAUCCCUUGGAGGCUCAGAGCAGCUGGCCCAAGCUCUAGCUCUCCUCCAGCGGAAGCUCAAGCGCCCUCAAAAACGACCCUGGCCAAUGUCACCACAGAGCUGAGGCGGUGUUGUCAGGGCUAAUGUGAAAUCUCUUCCCGUGGCGCCGAUCCUCCGGCUCUGCAGCGCCAGCUUGGACAGAUUGAGGUCUCUGUGGCUUUGGUGACCCUGCUUAAGCAUUCCCACCGUGUCCCAGCUCUGCGCUCAGCCUGCCUCCCACUGCAGCCCCCCUCACCUGACCUCAGGGCCUGGGAGGGGGGUGGGCAGUGCCCCAAGGCCAGGGACUUUUGCUCAGGAGAGAUGUCAGGCUUUCUAGGGGCAUCAGGCUUUGAGCUGUACUGGGCUCCAGCUAACCUGGGACCAGGUGUUGCCCAGAGAUGCGCCUCAUCCUGUGCCUCAGGAAGGGCUAGGGAACAAUUUUGUUACUGUAUUAACUUUACUCAGCUCACUUGAGAAACUAACCAAUUUUUACUUUCUGUCUAGAAUGAUGUAUGUGUAGGAGAGCUCCCAAAGUGCCUUGUUUUCUCUGUUAUAAAUAUAUUUAUAAGGACCUGAUCCAGUGGAUUCUUGGGUGUGUCUGCUACAUCAAGAUUUUAGGGACUGGGCAUAUAUGUAGUGGGGCUACAGUCUGAAGAUGGGUCCCCUUCCCCUGAAGAUGGGAAAGGAGCUUAAGGUGGAGAUCUGAGUAAUGGGGUUAAGCCAAACACCUAAAGUGACCCUUUCCUCUUCACCCUACUCCUCUCAGGUCCUUGGAAGGAUGUCCAGUUUUUUAAAGCCCUGUGCCUCCAAGCCCGGUCUCAUUUGAGUCCUUGCCAGGCUCAUGUGUGUACUACAUUAGCACCCCAGUGACCUGAAGAUUCCAUGUAACUUUUAUCUAUACAUGCGAAUACAUAAAUGCCAGCAUUUUAAGUAAUUUGAUAAAGUCUUUGUAGCCACUCA